GCUUUCUGUCACAUUGGCCUUGUAUCUGGACGGAUGCGCCGAUACCGGUCCUAUCGCCCGCUUCCCGCUGUCUUUUAUAAAGCCUCCACGUUUCUGGCGGAGUCAGUUUUUGUGAGAUAACAGAGGUAGCCAGACCGCGGCUCACGGCGACAUGUUAUCACCGCGCUCCGUUACGUUCCUCGCUCUGAUGGUGGCCGCCGCCGCCCACCCCGCGCUCCUCCCCCCGGUGUACAAGAGGCCCGUCACGUCGCUGUCGAGGACCGAGCUGGAGGACGUGCAGCCCUGGAUCAAGUUCCCGUUCUUCGGAAAUGUCCUGGAGAGCUUCCCGCACUUUCUGCCCACCAUCCCCGAGGCUGGCCCCAAAAUCGAAAACGACAGCAGGAAAUUCCAAGUGAUCAUCAACGUGAAAGAAUACAACAAGAAGGAAUUUUUAAAGGUUAAAACUAAGGGAAGCUUCAUCAUUAUACAAGGAGCGCACGCCGACGUUCAGACCCAACAGAGUUCCGUAGAUAGUCAAUUCAUUCAAACUUACACUAUGCCUCUCAAAGUUAUACAGUCCAGUAUUACGGCUACCCUGACGAGUGAUGGUUAUUUAGUGGUAACUGCUCCAAUCGGUAGUGUUAUUAACAAAAUCACUUACAAUGAAAAAGAGAUACCCAUCGUUGAAAGCGGACUGCCACUAUUGGAAGAAAAAGUCGUAAGUGCCCCGACCACACCUGCACCAUUGAUCUUGGUUACGCCAUCGAUAGAACUUUUGCCUCCAAAACCAACCAACGACGAAGCUCCAAACGUUGCCUAUUUAGCUCCAACUAUUCCUGCAAUAUCACUUUUGCCACCGAAGCCAAUUAGCGAGGAAAAUAUUCCAGCUGUAAUCCCUGCUGUACCUACAACGGAACUCUUACCUCCAAAGGAAAAUAAUGAUCAAGAAGUUAUUGAGCCUAUAGUGAUUCCAGUGCCAUCAGGUCAAGCUGAAAAUAAUGCCGCUGCCAAUUCAAAUAAUGAAAAUGCUGAAAAGCCUUCUGAAGAAGAGGUUGUUGUACCGGCUAUAAUCUCUAUUCCAUUGCAACCGCCGACUGAAGGUCAGCAAUUUAUUGUCGGCCCCACGUAUGCACCUAUUACGAACGUUCUGAACAACGAUGCUACACAAUCUGUGGAAAAUGUAGAUUCCCCAACAACAGAGGCAAUCGCUUCUUUAGACGAAGCAAUACAAGAACCCGUUACAAAUAAUGCAGCAGCACCAGAAAUUGCAACAACUGAACAAGCUUUGUUGUAUACGAGUAACGAUGUUUACACAUCUGCUCCUUUCCAAGAACAAGAUAAUAAAAUCGAAGACAUAACAGAAAAGGCUGAAAAAAUUCAAUUAAGGAGUGAAGUAUUUGAUGAUUACACAACUGAAACUUCUGCACCACAAGAAUUAGGACCAGCGGACACCAUCGUCAACGUAUUAAGGUCAGAUAUCACUCUAGAACAAGAAAGUUACACUGGAGAGCCAGAGAUUAUAAGAACUGAAGAAAAAGUUAAUGAAGAAGAAUCGAUUUUAGCACAAGAAGGUUUAUCUCCAGUAACAGCUGUUGCUGAAGCCGCUAAUAUCAUUGCUGCAACAACUGAGCAACAAGAACUGCUACAAAAAGAUGACCAAUCAGAACUUAUCGUUGAAUCAUCAACUCCGUCUCUCGUCAGGAGUGAUUUAAUUCAAAAUGAAGAGAUCAACGAUAGCCCAACAGAAAUAAAUUACAUUCCCGCUGAGUACGCUAGAUCUUCCAACAGCCAAAACAUUGGUGCUGAAAGCGCAGUAGAAGAUAGCUCACUCUCCGAGAACUUGCCUAUUUCGAACGCUGUUGAAGCAACCGAGAAAGCCAUCUCUGGUGACUCAUUAGCUAAUAUCGCUAAUGUAAUCUACAACGAUGAUUUACUAAUAAACGUACCCCAAACUGAUCUUAUAGAGUCGGAACCGACAAUUUCACCGGAGAAUGUGACAAACAAAAGUGACGUUAGCGAAAACUAGUCCCAAAGAUUUAGGUAGUAAUAAGUUAAUAUUUAUAAAAGACUUGUAAGUUAUAACACUCAACUACUGCAUUAGAAUGUAGCAUUAUUUAUAUAAGUAUUAGAAAAAUAUUUCAUAUGAUCGCUUCAGAUUCAACUUAAGCGAUUAUUUGAAAUUGCAAGGUUACAAAAUAUUAUAGAAGAGUAUUGUAGAAUAAUAUUUUUACGUGUGUAAAUGUUGUUGGAGAAUAAAUUGACUUCCUCAAUAA